AGCCAGCCGCAACCCGUGAAUCGGCCGCGUCCCCCUUCCUCUUCGUCAGUUCAUCCACCCCAUCCCGGAUCUCGUCACGCAUCGCCGCUGAUCCCACCUCCCUCCUCGCGGCCAUUCCCCCGGCCGCCUCUCAGUUAGAUCUACGCGCAUCCGCGCCCACAUUGCGCGCCGCCGUUUACUCCGAUCUCCUCCCCACCACCACCAGUCUCCGCUUCGCUGUCCCACUAUCGUUGACCAAUUCCGCUCGCAUUUUUAUUCGGAAGGCUUUCCUCGGAUGCGGCGUUGAUGAAGUGAGCCCUCGCCAUGGCCGAGGACGCCCACGAGAUGCGCGAUUCCUCGCCGCCGCCUCCGGAGCAGGGCCCGUCCGUUCCGCUCGCCGACGAGGCGGGUGCCGAGGCGGCUCCGUCGAGUCCGGGGACGAGCGCGGCCACGCCAACUUCGCCGCCGGCGCCUCGGGAGCAGGGCUCCGUGGAGCAGCUCACGCCGCUGCCGUUCACCGACGAGGUGGGCGUCGAGGAGGCGGCGUCGAGUCAGGAGACGAGCACGGGCACGUCGGCGCCGCUCCCGACGGCCCGACAGCAGGGCCCCGUGGCGGAGCAGUUCGCGGCUGUUCCGCUCACGGAUGAGGUGGUCGUGGAGGAGGGGCUGUCGAGUCAGGAGACGAGCUCGGGCAUGCCGGAGCCUUCGCCGGCGCCUCAGGAGCAGGGCUCCGUGCAGCAGUUCGCCGCGGUUUCGCUCAGCGAGGAGGUCGGUGUUGAGAAGGGGACGUCAACUCCGAAGACGAGCACGGGCAUGCCGGAGCCUUCGCCGGUGCCUCAGGAGCAGGGCUCCGUGCAGCAGUUCGCCGCGGUUUCGCUCAGCGAGGAGGUGGGUGUUGAGAAGGGGACGUCAACUCCGAAGAUGAGCACUGGCACGCCCACGAUGCCGCCGGAUCCUUCACCACCGCUGAGGAGUAGGCAUCGGCCUCCGGGAGUGCCAGCUGACGCGCCGCAGGAGGUGGUGCGGGCUGUGGAUGCGGCGGUCAUGGGCAAUCGUGGGGGUGGGAUGGACUGCCUCCUCGAGAUGGUCUCUGAGGGGCAGGGCGAGUUACCGCACUCCGUCGUUGACGUUCUGCUCGGAACCAUGGGCGGCGUGGAUGGCCUCGAUGAGGUUAGGGACACCACUGGCACUGGCACUUCCCCGAGCAUCAUGUCCAACUCGGGCGCCGCCAUCACUGCAGCGGAGCUCCUGCCUCACCUCCCCUUCAGCGAGGAGCCAUCACCACGCACUCGUAUGGCUGUGGGCCUGCACGCCGCGCUAAGGGCCUGCACCCGUAACCGUGCUAUGUGCUCUUCGUCAGGCCUCCUAGCUGUACUCCUUGAGUCUGCAGAGAAGCUGUUCGUUGGAACAGGCCGGAGUAGUACUUCCCCGAGUAGCUGGGACGGGACACCACUGCUUCAGUGCAUUCAGCUCUUGGGUGGCCACUCACUUAGUGUGAAGGACCUCCAUUCCUGGCUUGGCUUGGUUAAGAAGGUGCUCGGAACAAGCUGGGCCACGCCACUGAUGCUGGCACUUGAGAAAGCUAUGGGUAGCGAGGAAGCAAGAGGUCCUGCUGCAACGUUUGAGUUUGAUGGGGAGAGCUCUGGUCUGCUUGGUCCUGGCGAUAGCAGGUGGCCCUUCUCAAGUGGCUAUGGAUUUGCUACUUGGAUCUAUAUAGAAUCAUUCUCUGACACACUUAGCACAGCAACAGCCGCUGCUGCCAUAGCUGCGGCUGCAGCAGCAACAUCUGGAAAAUCAUCAGCAAUGUCAGCAGCUGCAGCGGCCAGUGCCCUUGCAGGAGAAGGUACAAUACACAUGCCACGGCUUUUCAGCUUUCUCUCUUCGGAUAACCAGGGUGUGGAGGCUUACUUCCAUGGCCAAUUCUUGGUGGUGGAGAGCGGGGGCGGGAAGGGUAAGAAGGCUUCUCUGCACUUCACUUAUGCGUUCAAGCCUCGGCGCUGGUACUUUGUUGGGCUAGAGCACACAAACAAGCAUGGUUUGCUUGGGAAGGGAGACAGUGAAUUGAGGUUGUAUGUGGAUGGUAGCCUGCAUGAGAGCCGUGCUUUUGAUUUCCCGCGCAUAUCGAAACCGCUGGCAUUUUGCUGCAUUGGGACGAAUCCACCACCAACUAUUGCAGGCCUGCAGAGGCGUCGACGGCAAUGUCCAUUGUUUGCCGAAAUGGGCCCCAUCUACAUCUUCCGGGAGCCAAUAGGUCCAGACAGAAUGAGUCGGCUGGCACUCCGGGGAGGAGAUAUACUUCCCACUUUUGGAAAUGGUGCAGGUUUUCCAUGGAAGGCAACGAACGACCAUAUUAAGAACAUGGCAGAAGAGAGCUUUGCACUGAACCAUGAGAUUGGGGGCUCCUUGCACCUUCUUUAUCACCCUAGUCUUCUCAGUGGCCGUUUUUGUCCAGAUGCUUCCCCUUCUGGUUCAGCAGGAACUCAUCGAAGGCCUGCAGAGGUUCUUGGGUUGGUUCAUGUUUCACCUCAUGUGCGGCCUGCGGAAUCUUUGUGGGCCUUAGCUUAUGGGGGUCCAAUGGCUUUACUUCCAUUAACUGUGAGCGGUGUGCAGAUGGAUACUCUUGAGCCUGCACUUGGUGAAUUGUCGUUGUCACUUGCCACUGCUUCCCUUUCUGCUCCAAUCUUCAGGAUUAUUUCCCUGGCUAUUCAACAUCCUGGCAAUAAUGAAGAAUUAUGCCGUACAUGUGCACCUGAGCUUUUGUCACGCGUUUUACAUUAUCUGUUGCAAGCAUCUUCAAAGCUGGGAAGUGGAGAAAAAGAGGGAGUGACUAAUGAGGAGCUAGUCGCUGCAAUUGUAUCUUUGUGCCAAUCUCAAAGAAACAAUCAUGAGCUUAAAGUGCAGCUUUUCAGGACUUUGCUGUUGGACUUGAAGAUGUGGAGUUCAUGCAACUACGGUUUACAGAAGAAGCUUCUGUCCUCACUUGCAGACAUGGUAUUUACUGAGUCUAUUUGCAUGCGAGAUGCAAAUGCAUUGCAAAUGCUUCUUGAUGGUUGCAGAAGGUGUUACUGGGCGAUUCGGGAACCAGAUUCUAUCGAUAACUUACCACUUACUGGAACAAAGAGAUCCUUGGGUGAAGUGAAUGCUCUGAUUGAUGAGCUUUUGGUUGUUAUCGAACUUCUGCUAGGAGCAGUAUCUUCCACGGCUGCUUCGGAUGAUGUUUGCUCUUUGAUUGGAUUUAUUGUUGACUGCCCACAACCUAAUCAGGUAGCAAGGUUGCUUCACCUCAUCUAUAGGCUGAUUGUGCAGCCUAACAUUUCUAGAGCCAACAUGUUUGCUCAGUCAUUUAUAUCUAGUGGUGGUGUGGAAGCACUUCUCGUUCUUCUACAGCGAGAAGCUAAAGCUGGCAAUAACCAUAUUUUGGACAAUAGUGCAAAUUUAAGUGAAUGUGAUGUAGUGAGUAAUGAGGGUUCUGACGCAAAAGCUAUGACCGGUGAAGGAUAUUACCAGGAUGAUGAAAGUCAGUUAGCUGAACAGCAUGAAUCCAUUGUUCAUGAAGACACUGAACAGGAAGCUGCAAAAACAAAUGGUGCUUCUUUUAAGAUGUUGGGAGCAAAAAUAGGAAGAAAGAUUUCUAACUCUGAGAAUCAGCUCAUAAAGAAUUUGGGUGGCAUCAACUUCUCAAUUACUGCUGAUAACGUCCGGAAUAAUGUAUACAAUGUUGACAAAAGUGAUGGAAUCGUUGUUGGAAUCAUUCGCAUUCUGGGUGCUCUAGUUGCAUCAGGACACCUAAAAUUUGCCUCGAGUUCUUCAAAUCCAAAUUUACCUGAUGGUCUUCUGACGACAGUUCAUGACGAAGGAAAUACUAUGUCAGAAGACAGAGUAUCACUGUUACUUUUUGCGUUACAGAAAGCAUUCCAAGCAGCCCCAAGGAGGCUUAUGACUGCAAAUGUCUAUAUGGCUUUAAUUUCUGCUGCGAUUAAUGUUUCUUCAGCUGAUGAAAAUCUGAACCUAUAUGAUUGUGGCCACCGUUUUGAACACAUUCAACUUCUGCUAGUGCUGCUCCGCACGCUUCCGUAUGCACCAAGGUCAUUCCAAGCUCGUGCUAUACAGGAUAUUCUGUUUUUGGCUUGCAGUCAUCCUGAGAAUAGAACCACAAUGACCACAAUUGCAGAAUGGCCAGAAUGGAUUUUAGAGGUUUUGAUUUAUAAUCAUGAGAAGGGUAGUAAAAAAUAUGUCGAUGGUGUAAGCAUUGGUGAGAUUGAAGACCUUGUACACAAUUUCCUGAUUAUCAUGUUGGAGCAUUCAAUGCGACAAAAAGAUGGGUGGAGGGAUGUGGAGGCUACAAUUCAUUGCGCAGAGUGGCUUUCAUUGAUUGGAGGAUCUAGCACUGGAGACCAACGGUUUAGGCGCGAACAGUCAUUACCAAUUUUCAGAAGGAGAUUAUUAGGUGACCUGCUUGAUUUCUCUGCCAGGGAGCUUCAAGUUCAGACUGAAGUAAUUGCAGCAGCUGCUGCUGGUGUUGCUGCUGAGGGCUUGUCUCCUGAAGAAGCAAAAGUGCAAGCAGAAAAUGCUGCUCAUCUCUCAGUAGCACUAGCAGAAAAUGCAAUAGUUAUCCUCAUGCUUGUAGAAGAUCAUCUGAGGACACAAGGCCAACAUUAUUGUGUGUCCCGUGUACUCAAUAGUGUUUUUUCUUCCGCCUCCAUUGCUUCGUCUGCUCCCAGUCGGACAAAUUCAUUGAGCAGAGCUGGUAGUGAGCAUAUGGAUACUGGACUCUCAAGGCGGUCAUCUUUGUCCAGUGAUGCUGGUGGCCUUCCACUAGAUCAGGUGCUUACUUCUAUGGCUGAUGCAAAUGGACAAAUUUCUGCUGCCGUGAUGGAACGCCUUACAGCAGCAGCAGCAGCUGAGCCAUAUGAAUCUGUCAAGCAUGCCUUUGUGUCUUAUGGGAGCUGCAUUGCAGAUCUCGCAGAAAGCUGGAAAUACAGAAGCCGCUUAUGGUAUGGUGUAGGCGUUCCAUCCAAAUCUGAUUUAUUUGGUGGUGGUGGAAGUGAUUUAGAAUCUUGGAGAUCUGUUUUAGAGAAGGACUCAAAUGGGAAUUGGGUUGAGCUUCCACUUGUGAAGAAAUCACUCGAAGUGCUGCAGGCACUCUUGUUAGAUGAUUCUGGACUUGGUGGUGGUCUUGGUAUUGGAGGGGGGUCUGGCCCUGGUAUGGGGGUUAUGGCUGCACUUUAUCAAUUGCUAGAUAGUGAUCAGCCAUUUCUUUGCAUGCUCAGAAUGACUCUUGUUUCGAUGAGGGAGGAUGACAAUGGUGAAGGUGAUGCUCUUUUGAAGAACACUAGUAUAAAGGACGUCAUAUCAGAAGGAAGCCUGGUGCCAUUUGAUGGCAACAGUCACUCAUCUACAAGGAAACCCCGGCCUGCACUUCUUUGGAGUGUGCUUGGCCCAAUCUUGAAUAUGCCUAUUACUGAGUCGAAGAGGCAGAGGGUGUUGGUUGCUUCUUCUAUUCUCUAUUCAGAGGUAUGGCAUGCUAUUAGCAGGGACAGAAGCCCCCUAAGGAAACAGUACAUUGAGCUGAUUUUACCACCAUUUAUAGCCAUCCUAAGAAGGUGGCGGCCACUUUUGGCUGGUGUUCAUGAGCUAACUUCUUAUGAUGGACGGAAUCCACUCAUUGCUGAUGAUCGUGCUCUGGCAGCAGAUGCACUACCCAUCGAGGCUGCUCUUUCAAUGAUAUCGCCUGGCUGGGCUGCUGCUUUUGCCUCACCCCCGGUUGCAAUGGCAUUAGCCAUGAUGGCUGCUGGUGCCUCCGGAACCGAAACAGUAACACCUCGAAGGAAUACCUUGAGUAGGCAUGACACUUCUUUGCCAGAGCGUAAAGCAGCAGCAAGAUUACAGACCUUCUCAAGUUUCCAGAAGCCUGUUGAAACAAUGCACAACAAGCCUGGGUCCAUCCCAAAGGACAAAGCAGGAGCUAAAGCUGCGGCAUUAGCUGCUACACGUGACCUCGAGCGGACUGCUAAGAUUGGUUCAGGAAGGGGUCUUAGUGCUGUAGCAAUGGCAACAUCAGGACAGAGGAGAAGUGCAAGUGAUAUCGACCGUGCAAAGAGGUGGAAUACAUCUGAAGCUAUGAGUGCUGCUUGGAUGGAGUGCCUGCAAUCAGCUGAUUCUAAGCCUGUUUCAGGAAGAGAAUUUUCAACCCUUUCAUACAAAUAUGUUGCAAUUCUUGUUUCUGGUUUUGCCUUUGCACGGAACUUACAGCGAGUUGAGAUGGAGAGGCAAACACAAGCUGAUGUGCUGAAUCGGCAUCGUGCAUCAACUGGAGUUCGAGCAUGGCGGCAUCUUCUUCACUGCCUGACAGAGAUGGGAAGACUAUAUGGACCUUUUGAAGAACCCCUGUGUACUCCUGAUCGGAUUUUCUGGAAAUUAGAUUUUACUGAAAGUUCUUCAAGAAUGAGAAGAUUUAUGAAAAGGAACUAUAAGGGAUCUGAUCAUUUGGGUGCUGCUGCUGAUUAUGAUGAUCGGAAGCUUCUUAGUGCUGCUGUGCAAUCAAAUGAAUGCAACCCCAAGGGUGCAGACUCUUCAUUAACAGACACCAUUCCAUCAACUGCAUCGGUAGUAAUUGCUGAGGCCAUGUCAGUGGAUGACAGAAAUGAGGACAUUGAGCAGUUAGAAUCCGACACUACUCACAGCAGUGCUGAUCAACUUCAGUCCUCAUCAGCAGAUCAACAAUCGAUGAAAAGAUCAGUAGAUUCAAGAAGUUCUGGUAUUUCUGCCGAUCGCAAUUUGGUUCGAUCCACAGUUGUUGCACCUGGAUAUGUGCCAACUGAAGCUGAUGAGAGAAUUAUAGUUGAACUUCCAUCAUUGAUGGUGCGACCAUUGAAAGUUGUGCGUGGAACCUUCCAAGUAACAUCAAAGAGGAUUAACUUUAUAAUUGACGAGCAUGCAAGUGACAGUAAUGUGGAUGAUCAUGCAUCCACUAGUGGCCAAUGUUAUCAGCAAGAUAAAGAUCGGAGCUGGUUGAUCUCUUCUCUACAUCAGAUAUAUAGCAGGCGGUACUUGUUACGACGAAGUGCUUUGGAAUUAUUUAUGGUAGAUAGGUCAAAUUUCUUUUUUGAUUUCGGGGAUAUGGAAGCACGCAAAAAUGCUUAUCGGGCGAUUAUUCACACCAAACCACCUAAUUUGAAUGACAUUUUUCUAGCUACCCAGAGAGCUGAGCAAAUCCUUAAAAGAACUCAGUUGAUGGAGCGCUGGGCUAACUGGGAGAUUAGCAAUUUUGAGUACUUGAUGGAACUGAACACUCUUUCUGGGCGCAGUUAUAACGACAUAACUCAGUAUCCUGUUUUCCCCUGGAUAAUUGCUGAUUACCAGUCCAAAGUUUUGAAUCUGGAUGAUCCUUCUGCAUUCCGUGAUCUUUCAAAGCCAGUUGGAGCACUAAACCCAGAACGACUAAAGAAGUUCCAAGAACGGUACUCGACGUUUGAGGAUCCAAUCAUCCCGAAGUUUCAUUAUGGUUCACAUUACUCCAGUGCUGGCACGGUCUUGUAUUACCUUUUCAGGAUGGAGCCCUUUACCACACUAUCUAUACAAUUGCAAGGUGGCAAAUUUGACCAUGCUGAUCGCAUGUUUUCUGACCUUUCUGGUACAUGGGAUAGUGUUGUGGAAGACAUGAGUGACGUAAAAGAGCUAGUCCCAGAGAUGUUUUACCUCCCUGAGGUAUUUACCAACAUAAAUUCUAUUGACUUCGGGACAACUCAACUUGGAGGAAAGCUAGAUUCUGUAGAGUUGCCUCCUUGGGCCGAGAACCCUGUUGAUUUUGUCCAUAAACACCGGAAGGCUCUUGAGAGUGAGCAUGUCUCGACUCAUUUGCAUCACUGGAUUGAUCUAAUAUUCGGAUAUAAACAGAGGGGUAAAGAUGCGGUAAUGGCCAACAAUGUGUUCUUCUACAUCACUUAUGAGGGAACUGUUGAUAUUGACAAAAUUGCAGAUCCAGUGCAACGGCGAGCCAUGCAAGAUCAAAUAGCCUACUUUGGACAAACACCGUCUCAAUUGCUGACUGUCCCUCACAUGAAGAGAAAGUCAUUGAGAGAUGUCUUACAACUGCAGACCAUAUUCCGGAAUCCAAGUGAGCUUAAAUCUUAUGUACUGCCUAAUCCAGAACGCUGCAAUGUCCCUGCAAGUACCAUGCUUGUAUCAAAUGAUUCUAUUGUAGUUGUAGAUAUAAAUGUGCCCGCGGCGCAUGUGGCACUUCACCAGUGGCAACCAAAUACUCCAGAUGGCCAAGGGACACCUUUCCUUUUUCAUCAUGGUAGAAAUGCUGCAAGUUCAACAAGUGGUGCAUUCAUGCGUAUGUUCAAAGGAUCCACUAGUUCUGGAGAAGAUUAUGAGUUCCCAAGAGCUAUAGGGUUUGCUGCUUCUGCAAUCCGUAGUUCAGCUAUUGUUGCUGUCACAUGUGACAAAGACAUCAUCACUGGUGGGCAUGCGGACUGUUCGGUGAAGUUGAUCUCCCCAGACGGAGCAAGGACAAUUGAAAGUGCUUCUGGGCAUCUUGCUCCAGUAACCUGCCUUGCACUUUCCCCUGAUAGCAACUACCUUGUGACAGGGUCUCGAGAUACUACAGUUAUACUCUGGAGGAUUCAUCAGGCAGGCUUUAUACAUAAGAAAAAUCCUCCUGAACCUCCACCUGCAACACCAAGGACACCACGCAGCCCUCUUCCUACUAGUCCUAGUAGCAUGAGCAACCUUUUAGAAACCAGGAAGUGUCGAAUCGAAGGUCCUAUGCAUGUGUUAAGAGGACACCUUGGAGAAGUAAUUAGCUGUGCAGUUGGUCCAGACUUGGGACUUGUUGUAUCCUCGUCAAACAUGUCUGGUGUGCUGCUACAUUCUUUGCGGACAGGUCGGCUGAUAAAGAAGAUUCAUGUAGCGGAGGCGCAUGCUGUAUCCUUGUCUUCUCAGGGAAUCAUAUUGGUUUGGAGUGAAUCAAAGAAAAGAUUAUCUAGCUUCACAGUCAAUGGAGUCCCUAUUGCUACCUCAGUUCUAUCACCUUUUUCUGGGGGAGUUAGUUGCAUUGAGAUUUCUAUGGAUGGUCAUUUUGCCCUGAUUGGAACUUGUUCGUCCAGCAAUUACAAGUGUGAGGACAAUACUGAGGUAGCAGAUCAUGAGCCCAACAAAUCAAGUCGCAAGGUUGAUAUAUCUGAGCAAACUGAAAUCAGGCAAUCUGUUAACGUGCCUUCGAUCUGCUUUGUUGAUCUGCAUAAACUUAAGGUGUUUCAUACACUGGAGCUUGGAAAGGGCCAGGACAUCACAGCAAUUGCAUUAAACAAAGAGAACACUAAUCUUCUAGUUUCUACUGCCGAUAAGGGCCUAAUGGUUUUCACUGAUCCUGCCUUGAGCCUGAAGGUAGUGGAUCAGAUGCUACGCCUUGGCUGGGAAGGUGACGGACUUCUUCAGUCAUCAGAAAGCCAUCGAUGUUAAAAGUCAUUACUUGCUUAUAGAUUGGUGACGCCCAUUCGUUAGCAUAGGUAGGAGCAGGGUACUGAAGCAAAUGGGUGGAAUAUGCCAUAUGUACAAAACGAAAAAGCAAUAGGCGUUGCGAGUUAGGCUAGGUCGUAUACUGUAUCCAACUGCUCGUAUAGUCAGAGAUAAAGUGGGAACGCGUAGACUUGCUGAGCAACAGUAUGAUCCUUCUGUUGCGUCAGUUUUGCCUUGUAAAUUCUCGGCCGUUCUGUAGAGUGCGUGAAUAGAUACUUAGCAUCUUUGCCAAUGUAAUUUUGGCUGGUCGCUGCAUACCAUUUUGAUGUGAGUUUUGACUGUUGGUAGCAAUAACUAAAGAGUGUUGAAAGGUGUUGGACUAA